CUGAUAAAAAUGACAAAUACUAGUACCUAAUAAAUAAUAAUCCAUACUUAUCACUUUGUUUUGUUAAUAAAGUGUCAUCAAUGUAUUUUAUGGAAAAAUGAACACGUUGUUCACUGUAUCUGUGAGAAGAAUUUCGCACGUCUGUACUUUGAAGCCCUACAAGGAGACAAAAUGGCUGAUGCCCUACGGGAACCCAACCGGGAUCUAUGUUUACAAUUGUGUGGCUAAUCAGAGGGUUCCGGUGAUUUUGAGCGAUCCCCACAUCGCAACAUGGUAUUCCUGCGGCCCCACCGUCUAUGAUUCGGCACAUAUUGGUCAUGCGAGUUGCUACGUAAAACUAGACAUCAUUCAAAGGAUAUUAAAAUCAUUCUUUAAUGUGAACCUGGUGACUGCAAUGGGCAUUACAGAUAUCGACGACAAAAUCAUAAAAAGGGGACUCGAGACGAAUAUUCACUUCACAAACAUCGCUAAACAAUAUGAAAGCGAGUUCUGGCUCGACAUGAACUCUUUAAACAUUGAAAAACCACUAAUAAUCACGCGCGUCUCCGAGCAAAUCGAUUGUAUCGCCAGCUUUGUGAAGAAACUCAUUGAUAGCGAAUUGGCAUACGUGUCGAAGACAGGUUCAGUAUAUUUUGAUACUAGUAAAUUUCCUUCAUAUGGAAAGUUAAGCAGAAUGCAAGACGAAGGUGAGCCAUCAGAUGAGGAAAAGAAAAAUAAAAUGGACUUUGCUGUAUGGAAAGGACACCAGCCAGGAGAACCCCACUGGGAUGUCCCCUGGGGUUCUGGAAGACCUGGCUGGCAUAUAGAAUGCUCUGCUAUGGCGAGCAAGGUAUUUGGUUCACAACUUGACUUCCACGCAGGGGGCAUUGAUCUGCGCUUCCCACAUCAUGAGAAUGAAGAGGCACAGUCCUGUGCUUAUCACAACAGUAGGCAGUGGGCCAAUUAUUGGAUACAUGUAGGCCAUUUACAAGUUAAAGGUGAUACUAAAAUGUCCAAAUCUUUGAAAACACAAUAUCCAUACCAGAAUUAUUAAAACAUACAGUGCAGAUACGUUUAGGAUGGCUUG